CAUACGCGCCACAUCUAGUUCCCUUUUCUGAUUUCUCACCGAACUUUCCUCUCCUCUGCGAUGGCCAUGGCUUCCUUCUCCAACAUCUCCGCGCGUUCCUUCUCUCUCCCAACCCAAAACCACCACUCUUCUCCGCCGCCACCAACUCUCACCAUCAUAUCCCGCCGUCGACAUUCUUCUCCGAGCCUCUUCACUUCCUGUGCUCCUCCUGUUUCCCGAUCCCCACGUCCUCACUUUCUCCACUCAAAGAAUUCCCGCAUUUUUUCAGCCGGGAACGGCGGAGGCGGAACCGGCGGAGGAGACGGAGGUGGAGGUGGAGGCGGAGGCGGUGGCGAUGGUGAAUCGGAGGACAGGGAUCGCAACAGAGGAGAGGCGCUGCUGGUUCUCGCGGAGGUCGGGAAGCCGCUGGAGUAUUUGCCGGCUGAUUUAGCGGCGGCGAUGGAGGCGGGGCGGAUUCCGGGGUCAAUUGUGAAGAGGUACUUCGAGCUCGAGAAAUCGGCGGUGUUCCGGUGGCUGCUCAACUUCGGUGGGUUCAAGGAGAGGUUGCUGGCGGAUGAUUUGUUCCUCGCCAAGGUUGCCAUGGAGUGUGGUGUUGGGAUCUUCACAAAGACAGCUGCGGAGUUGGAGAAGCGCAAAGAAAAUUUCACAAAGGAGCUUGAUUUUGUUUGUGCUGAUGUGGUAAUGGCCAUUGUGGCAGAUUUUAUGCUUGUGUGGCUUCCUGCUCCCACAGUUUCUCUCCGACCACCACUUGCUGUUAGUGCUGGAACUAUUGCCAAAUUCUUCUAUGGCUGCCCUGAUAAUGCUUUCCAGGUGGCUUUGGCUGGAACCUCUUUUACACUUAUACAGAGAAUAGGUGCUAUAGUGCGUAAUGGAGCAAAGCUUUUCGCAGUUGGGACUGGUGCAUCACUGAUUGGUACAGGAGUAACAAAUGGCUUGAUUAAUGCACGAAAAGUCGUUGAUAAGUCUUUUGCUGAUGAGGCUGAGGACAUACCAAUAGUAUCAACAAGUAUCGCCUAUGGGGUUUACAUGGCAGUAUCUAGCAAUCUAAGGUACCAAAUACUAGCUGGAGUUAUUGAACAACGAAUUCUAGAACCGUUGCUGCACAAGCACAAGCUCAUGCUAAGUGCAAUUUGCUUUGCUGUUAGAACUGGAAAUACAUUCUUGGGCUCACUAUUGUGGGUGGAUUAUGCUCGCUGGGUUGGGGUCCAGAAGAUACGCGAUUAGGCAAUGGUGGGUUUUCAAUUGUAAUUUUUAAGAUAUUGUUUUCAUGGGACCAAUUGGGUCAAAUCUUGGUAAUUUUUUUUUUUGAACUUAAUCUUGGUAAUUGAUUCAUUCUGAAGUUUGGUGUGUUGUAUUUUUUACUCCUCCCGUCAGCAUAAUUGUACAUUCAUUAAACGAUACCGGAGGUCGCGUCACCAAGAAGCCCCAUGAGUCUCCAAUUAUCACCAUAAGCGAUGACCAUGGAAGGUGCUGUAUCCAUAUUUCACAGCUAGCAGAAAGCUGCAGCUUGAGAUGAAGUAGUAGAGUCACAUUUUUGUAUAUGUUUAUUGUCUUCCAAACAUUUGAAUGAAAACAAACUUGUUGUGGUUUUCUUCCCA